AGUUCUUCUCCGAGAAGCCGAAGGAAGCCCCCGAGCUACGUCGACGACGUUGAUGUCGUCUGCCCGCGGCGUUUUCAGUUUCAGUCACCACCAGCCAGCCGAUCAGUUCCUCUUCCGUUCGCCACAAACUAAGGUACGUGCCACACAGAUCCAGUUCCAACAUGAGGGAAAUCGUACAUUUGCAAGCUGGACAAUGCGGAAACCAAGUGGGAGCUAAGUUUUGGGAAGUAAUAUCUGCUGAGCAUGGAAUCGAUCCUAGCGGAAUAUACAUAGGAGAUAGCGACUUGCAGUUGGAACGUAUCAAUGUAUACUACAAUGAAGCGUCAGUUGCUUCUUCAACAAAUGGAGGUAAAUACGUACCAAGAGCGAUCCUGUUGGAUUUGGAACCCGGUACGAUGGACGCAGUACGUUCUGGAAUGUACGGCAAACUAUUCAGACCUGAUAACUUCGUGUUCGGCCAAUCCGGCGCUGGAAACAAUUGGGCCAAAGGUCACUACACAGAAGGUGCUGAGCUAGUGGACGCUGUUCUAGAUGUCGUACGAAAAGAAGCAGAAAACUGUGACUGUCUCCAAGGAUUUCAACUGACACACUCGCUAGGUGGUGGUACUGGAUCUGGCAUGGGUACGUUGUUGAUUUCAAAGAUCAGAGAGGAGUAUCCUGAUAGGAUCAUGAACACUUAUUCAGUUAUGCCUAGUCCAAAAGUAUCUGACACUGUUGUGGAACCAUAUAAUGCUACCCUAUCCGUUCAUCAACUUGUAGAAAAUACCGAUGAAACCUACUGUAUAGAUAAUGAAGCUCUUUAUGACAUUUGCUUUAGAACAUUAAAGGUACCAAACCCAAGCUACGGCGACUUAAACCACUUAGUUUCACUGACAAUGUCCGGAGUAACCACGUGCCUUAGAUUCCCAGGUCAAUUGAAUGCUGAUCUUAGAAAACUGGCUGUAAACAUGGUGCCUUUCCCCCGCCUUCACUUCUUCAUGCCUGGAUUUGCCCCUUUGACCUCCAGAGGUAAUCAACAAUACAGAGCACUCACUGUUCCAGAAUUGACCCAGCAAAUGUUCGAUUCCAAGAACAUGAUGGCUGCAUGUGAUCCAAGGCACGGUAGAUAUCUAACAGUUGCUGCAGUAUUUAGAGGUAGAAUGUCAAUGAAAGAAGUAGACGAACAAAUGUUAGCAGUCCAGAACAAAAACAGUAGCUACUUUGUGGAAUGGAUCCCUAACAACGUCAAGACUGCCGUGUGCGAUAUUCCUCCAGUUGGAUUAAAAAUGUCUUCAACCUUCAUUGGAAAUACGACCGCCAUUCAAGAACUUUUCAAGCGAAUUUCAGAACAGUUCGCCGCUAUGUUUAGAAGAAAGGCUUUCUUGCAUUGGUACACUGGCGAAGGCAUGGACGAAAUGGAAUUCACUGAAGCUGAAUCCAACAUGAACGAUUUGGUGUCUGAGUACCAACAAUAUCAAGAAGCCACCGCCGAUGAUGAAUACGAAGCCGAAGAGGAACCUGCUGCGGAUGACUUCAAUUGUUGACGAAUUUUCUGAGUCCCUACUCAACAAUGUUUUUAGAAACUUAAAAAAUUUAAUAGAAAAAGCAAGGAAAUUAUUUAUUUAUUUGGUCUACGUCCGUUUAGAUAUUGAUUGUUAGUGGAAAAUGCGGUGAUUUGGAGAAUUUGUCCAAGUUCUGUUGUGUAGGUGGUACCAAUCCGCAUUUGUUUUAGAAAUUGAGAAAAAGUAUUAGUUAAGGUAGAUACUGUCAAAUCUUCAGAAAUAAUUAGACAAUUUAAACGGACUGUAUACUACAUUUUUUAACAACCUCCUUGUUUUUAAUUGUAAGAAUUGUUUAAAAUCUCUUAACAUUUUCAAGAUUUUUGUCACAUAAAAAUUUGAACACGUUUGUUCUAAGAUUACAUACAUUUUCAUACCCAUUCAUUUUUAUAACUGUAAAUAUAGCAGUUAUGACCACACGAACAAAAACAUUAUUGUGCUGCAUAAAUUACGUGCCUUUCAGCAUAGAUAUUCGUUGAUUUCGUUUCUGUUAAAAUAUUUUUUGAUUGGGACUAACUUUGUUUCUUUUUAGCAGCCUUCCUACUAUAGAAUUCGUGAUCAAUGACGAAUAGUAGCAACUAUCAUAACAUUUGGUCUGGUCUAUGUCUAAAUGUAAAGACAAAUGAGUUAUCGUUUUUUUUUUAUUUAUUGCUGCAUUUAUACAGCUUUAUUCAAGUGAUAUUUGUAUACAUCUACAUACUUAAAUGAUUAUUUACAAUAAUCAAUCUUAGAACAAACUAUACUUGUGAUACACAAUAUCAUGUUUUGAGUCAGUCAUUCUCUCUAUCCAAAUCACUUCUAAAAUGGACCAAGGCCCCCACGAUUGUAAAAAAUUGCUUUUUUCGUUUAACCAAAAAGUUUGUUUAUUAUUUGCAACAUGCUAGAGUGUUGUUGACUAGUCCCUUUUUGUCUAAAAUUUAUAUGUUUAUUUAUAAAAUAUAUUUUUACAGUAGAGUUAGUUUGUAGUGUAACAAGAUGGUCCAAUUUUUUGCUAAUAUAAAAGGAAAUCUAUAAAGAAAUAUAGAAAAUGAAAUGAAAGGAACAUCUCAAAAUAUUUAUUUACAGGUAACUGGAGUUUGAAUUUGAAAGAAACUGGAACUUUCAAUCGUAGAUACCUAUGACUCAAAUGCAAAUGACGAACUUAUUUUUCUUGUCCUCAUAUUGAUUUGGUUUGAGCUAACCAUCACUCUCAUACCAAUCACAACUUCAGAACCAUUUAUAUUACAAUUGAUUUGGAUCACCUUUGAUAGAAGUAGUAGUUAGUAGCUAUAGAUAUUUAUAGGUAUUUUAUUUGAAAUGCUUUGGUUGUCUUUUUUAGAUUUUCGGUUUGGUUUCGAAAUCCUAAAAUAGAUGGCUUAAGCAUUUCACCAGCAUGUUGCAAACAAUUUACUGUUGCAUUUAUUUAAAGAUUGUAUUCGAUACACUACUUUGAACUUUUUUACAUUUUUAUUUACUAAAUUUUUGUAGAAUAAAGACUGAAUUUCUACAGUGGA